CAUCUUGUCGGUGCUGUGACGCUUUGGCUGGGCGGAACCGGAGCAACCACAACGUUUCUCCCUCGCCGGUUGAUGGACUGAGCCGUCUUCAACUAGCGUUUGGCAAGAGCGGAGCAGCGCGUCACGACUCGCCUGUCGAGGAGCCGAGGAGGAGACAAAGAUGGACAUCACGGAUCAAGGCGCUCAAAUGGAGCCGCUCUUACCCACGAAGCAAAGUCCCCAAGAACACAAAGACGUGAGAGCCGAUGAGGAGGCAGUGGUGGACCGCGGUGGCACGCGCUCCAUGCUCAACACCAACUUUGAGAAGGAAGAACUAGAAGGUCACCGCACUCUCUACAUCGGAGUUCACGUUCCCCUGGGCCGGAGGUCGCACAGACGCCACCGUCACCACGGACACAAACACAGGAAGAGGUCCAAGGAGAGGGACUCCACCGCCGACGAUGGAAGAGGAUCCCCCUCACACACAGGCACGCCGGCUCAGAGGGUGCAGUUUCUGCUGGGGACAGAGGAUGACGACGAGGAGCACAUCCCCCACGCCCUGUUCACCGAGCUGGACGAAAUCUGCCUCCGGGAGGGGGAGGACGCCGAAUGGAAAGAGACAGCCAGGUGGCUUAAGUUUGAGGAGGAUGUCGAGGACGGCGGUGAGCGAUGGAGUAAACCCUACGUCGCCACUCUGUCUCUACACAGCCUGUUCGAGCUGCGCAGCUGCAUCAUGAACGGCACCGUGAUGCUGGACAUGAGGGCCAACUCGCUGGAGGAGAUCGCAGACAUGCUUCUGGAUCAGCACGAGUUGUCGGGCCCUGUAGGUCCGGAGGCCAGGAAGAGGAUCCGCGAGGCCCUGCUCAAACAUCACCACCACCAAAACCACAAGAAACUGGCCAACCGCAUCCCGAUCGUACGCUCCUUCGCCGACAUCGGCAAGAAGCAGUCCGAGCCUCAUUCCAUGGACAAGAAUGGCCAAACGGUCUCACCUCAGUCCCAUCCGGCUAACGCGGACGGCAAACAGGACGUGAGCCGAGAAAACAGCGCUGUCGACUUCAGCAAGAUCGACCUCCACUUCAUGAAGAAGAUCCCUCCCGGUGCCGAGGCGUCCAACGUCCUGGUCGGGGAGCUGGAGUUCCUCGACCGCCCCGUGGUGGCCUUCGUCCGCCUGGCUCCCGCCGUGCUCCUCAAUGGCCUGGCUGAGGUUCCCAUCACCACCAGGUUUCUUUUCAUCCUGCUCGGCCCUCUGGGAAAGGGGCCACAGUAUCAUGAAAUUGGCCGGUCUAUUGCUACCCUGAUGACGGAUGAGAUCUUCCAUGACGUCGCGUACAAGGCCAAAGACAGGAAUGACUUGGUGGCGGGCAUUGAUGAGUUUCUGGACCAGGUGACAGUGUUACCCCCUGGCGAGUGGGACCCCUCCAUCAGAAUAGAGCCUCCCAAAAACGUGCCGUCUCAGGAAAAGCGGAAGAUCCCCCCCCUUCCCAACGGGGUGACGGAUCAUGGAGAGUCGGAGGAACACGGAGGGCACGGCGGCCCCGAGAUGCAGCGCACCGGGAGGUUAUUCGGCGGCUUAUUCAUGGACAUCAAGCGAAAGGCCCCUCACUACGUCUCCGACUUCACGGAUGCCAUCAGCCUGCAGUGUCUGGCCUCGUUCCUCUUCCUCUACUGCGCCUGCAUGUCGCCGGUCAUCACCUUCGGAGGACUCCUGGGUGAGGCCACGGAGGGACGCGUGAGUGCUAUCGAGUCCCUGUUCGGGGCUUCCAUGACUGGAAUAGCCUACUCUAUUUUUGCCGGUCAGCCCCUCACCAUCCUGGGCAGCACCGGGCCCGUUCUUGUCUUUGAGAAAAUCCUCUUCAAGUUCUGCAAGGAGUACGGCCUCUCCUACCUCUCCCUGAGGGCGUGCAUCGGCCUGUGGACGGCCUUCUUCUGUCUCCUGCUGGUGGCCACGGACGCCAGCUCGCUCGUCUGUUACAUCACGCGCUUCACAGAGGAAGCUUUCGCGGCGCUCAUCUGCAUCAUCUUCAUCUACGAGGCCCUGGAGAAGCUGAUGCACCUCGGGGUGAACUACCCCAUCAAUAAAAACAACGACCUUCAGAAACUCACGCAGUACUCGUGUGAGUGUGUGGAGCCCAUGAACCCCAGCAACGACACCCUGCACUUCUGGGACCAGAAGAACAUCUCGGCCUCCCAGGUCAACUGGACCAUGCUCGAGGUCAAGGAGUGCGAGAUGUUUCACGGGGAGUUCGAGGGCAACGCCUGCAGCCCCCACGGCCCCUACGUCCCCGACGUCCUCUUCUGGUCCGUCCUCCUCUUCUUCUCCACCGUCUUCAUGUCGGCCUUCCUCAAGGAGUUCAAGACGAGCCGCUACUUUCCCACCAAGGUGCGGGCCAUCAUCAGUGACUUUGCAGUCUUCAUCACCAUCCUGACGAUGGUUCUGGUGGACUACGCCUUGGGGAUCCCGUCUCCUAAACUGCAGGUCCCCAGCAAUUUCAAACCCACCAGAGACGAUCGCGGCUGGCUCAUAAACCCCGUGGGGCCAAACCCCUGGUGGACCACCAUCAUCACCUUCCUCCCCGCUCUGCUGUGCACCAUCCUCAUCUUCAUGGACCAGCAGAUCACAGCUGUCAUCAUAAACAGGAAGGAGCACAAACUAAAGAAGGGCUGCGGCUACCACCUGGACCUGUUCGUGGUGGGGGUGAUGCUGGGCGUGUGCUCGGUGAUGGGCCUGCCGUGGUUCGUGGCCGCCACGGUGCUCUCCAUCUCCCACGUGAACAGCCUGAAGCUGGAGUCGGAGUGCUCUGCUCCCGGAGAGCAGCCCAAGUUCCUCGGGAUCAGAGAGCAACGCUUUACCGGCCUCCUGAUCUUCGUCCUCAUGGGCUGCUCCGUCUUCAUGACAUCUGUGCUGAAGUUCAUCCCCAUGCCUGUGCUGUACGGGGUCUUCCUGUACAUGGGGGCUUCCUCCCUCAGAGGCAUCCAGUUCUUUGACCGUCUGAGGCUGUUCAUCAUGCCGGCCAAACAUCAGCCGGACUUCAUCUACCUUCGUCACGUCCCGCUGAGGAAGGUGCACCUCUUCACCUUGGUCCAGCUCAGCUGCUUGAUCCUGCUCUGGGUCAUCAAGACCUCCAAGGCCGCCAUCGUCUUCCCCAUGAUGGUCUUGGCCCUGGUGUUCAUCCGGAAGCUGCUGGACUUGAUCUUCACCAAGAGGGAACUGAGUUGGCUGGACGACUUGAUUCCCGAGUGGAAGAAGAAGAAACUGGAGGAUGCCGAAGAAGAGGAGGAGCACAGUGUCAUCGCAGAGGAAGAAGGCAUUGUGCAAGUGCCACUGGAGGGACACUUGAAGUGCGACCCGGCCACGGUGAACAUCACUGACGAGAUGUCCAAAGGAUCUUUUGGGAACGUGUGGAAGAGCAUCAACCCUGCUGAGAGCACCAAGAAGGAACCAAGCGCUAAGAGUUGUGGCGGCGAAAAGCGACACAAGCGGCGGAGGCAUGACAAGACCUUGGACAGGGAGACAAGUUUGUGAUGACGCGUAGUGGCGGUGCCACUGUGCUGUCGAUGAGUACAUUAAAAAAACACAAAAAAACUAUACCGUGCCACACUCAACCACCUUUGUACUGCGCUACACUGUGUUUUCGUCGUGUAAGUCUGUGUGCAAGUUAUGUAAAACAAAGAAUGUGUUAGAAACAGUAUUAACAAGAGGAACUGGGACACCUUUGUGUUCUUUUUCGAUGUAUAUCAGUGUUUUGGUGAUACCAGCAACAGAGAGAAGCCGGAGUUAUACGACAUCUACAGUAACUGCUGCGUUAAUGGGCCAAUUCAGUACAAAUUUUAAACAAUUUUUAAAUUCACUUGUAUUUUGUAUGUUUUUAUAUUUUUCCAACAACAGCGAGUUAUCCUUUGAAGAACCUGCCACAGCAAACUGAAAAUGUGUGGAUUUUGUGCGCGGCAUUAAAUGCCGCUAUUGACUUUGACCUCACGCUAGAAAACCUACAAAGUAGAUAUUUGCCAAUACUAAUCUAUUUCACCGGUACCCAAAAGAGUUGGCUAAUCUAGUAGUAAUCUUUUUUUGAAAGUAUUAAAUAUACAUUUUCUAUAUUCUGUAUAUCUAAAUGUUUUUGUGACAGUGACAGCUCAUAUCACUCCAGAGUCCUCUCUCUUGUUAUUUUACAAAUAAAUGUCUCUCCUCCGGUCAAGAAUUCCCCCAAAGACCAGUUUAAGGAAUAGUUUGACAUUCUGGGAAAUACACGUCUUCAUUUUCCGUUAGACGAGAAGAUCGACGCCACUCUCACGUCCGUACGCUAGAUUGUGAAGCUAAUGCUAGCAGCUGGUUAGCUUAGCUUAGCGGAAAUACUGAAAACGGUGAAACAGCUCAGCCGGCUCUGCCCAAAAUGUUACAGAAUCCGCCAGAAUCUCAUGAAUGUACUUUGUAUCCUGUUUCUUUUAAUCUGUGCAAAAAAAGUGAAGUGAAACGUCAUGUUUCUGGUCUCUCAAAAGACUGCUAGCUAGCUAGCGACAGCUAGCGUAUGGACAUGAGAGAGGUUUCCGUCUUCUCGUCUAACUUACGGCAAUAAGCAUACUAACCUGAACACACUAUUCUUUUGUGGGCAGUAUACAGCUUAUUCUGCAAUAUUUUCAAGUUAGCAAUUUCAUAAUAGAUCGUCAACUUUCAGUAGCGCUCACGACUCGGCCUUGGAUUAUUUUAAAGCCCCAUCCAGUUUGCCAAAGCUGAACUAGGGUGACCGUGCAGAAAGCUCCUCUAUGUUUUCCAUCCGUCAUCUCGUCAUCCAUCUGAUCUCCUCUCCAACAUGACCCUCAUUGUGUCAGCAUCUGAACUAAUUGUUUAAAAAGAAAAGACCUGCAUGACGGGGAACGCACUCGACUGUCUCGCUGCAGGACCAAUGGUUACGUCUAGAGAUGCAAUAACAGGCGACCUUUUUUUCUGGGAAGGGCACCAUGUAAUAAACGUUAGAGUCUUAACAAUGUACAAUACAUAGUAUAUUUUAUUCAUGUGAAAUGUUACUAAUAUAUUACUCACAUGAAGUCGGUGUUGAAGGCAGGUUUCUGUUGUAGGUGUUCUUUUUCCUCAUUGUUUAAGUGAUGGUUCUUAGUUGACUAGAGAAACUAACAAGUGGUCAAAAUUAUAUCAAUAUCAAACAUUUGGACCACUUCUGUGCAAAAUGUUGCCUUAAAUUUGGUAGUGGUAGCUGUGUACACUUUCUGUUUAAAUAAUUUAAGUCAUCAGUUCUGAUUUGUUGUCAUGUUGUGAUUUGUUUCAUGAGAAGGAGAGCGCGGGUGAGUGAGAGCAUAAAUAAAGAUCUUAAACAAG